AUGUUCCAGAAUAAUAAUAAUAGUAGUACUCACAACAAUCAUGAAGGAGGGCAAGCUCCUGUUUACAAGCAGUUCAUGACAUUUAAGCCAGCUGAGUUCAGAGGUAGCACAUAUCCAAUUAUUUCUGAAGAGUGGGUUCAGUCCAUGGAAACAAUCUUUGAAUUUAUGCAGAUUACAGAAGUGGAAAGGGUCAGGUGUUCCACUUUUAUGUUGAAGGAUGAUGCACGAAUUUGGUGGCAGGGGGCUAAAGUAGCACUUGAUCUUAACAACAUAACCUGGAGAGAAUUCAAAGAGGUCUUCUAUGGGAAAUAUUUUACUUUGAGCACAAGAAACAAGUUAGCGCGGGAAUUUCUGGAAAUUAAGCAAGGGGAUUCUAGUAUUGCAGAUUAUGUGAAAAGGUUUGAAAGAGGCAAGUAUUUUGCUCCAAUGAUUACCGACGAUUCUUCCAUGGAGCUUAAUCAUUUUCUUGAGGGACUCAAUGCUACAAUUCGUCGAGAUGUAAGGCUUAGUAAUCCUUCUUCCAUGAGGGAAACGGUUGACCGAGCUCUAAUGGCUGAGAAGGACAACCAGGAUAUAAUUAGGGAGGCUCGGGCCAAGAGGACCAGUUAUCAAGGAAGGGAGUCUCAUGUUCCAGCAAUGAAGAGGCCUUUUAAUCAGUCCUUCAAUAGAAAUGCUUUGCCCCAGUCAUCUUAUAAUCAAGCUGCUAAUUCUCAGCAUUCUCAGCAGCCAAGGAACUUCUACCACAACAACAACAACCAAAGAUUUUCUCAAAGGCCCCAGCAGUCACAACAAUCAAAGAGGAUUCAACCAGCUGGAUCAGUAUCCUCAACCAAAUCUUCCAACACUCCAAUUCCAGUAUGUACCAUCUGUGGGAAGACUCAUAUAGGGAGCUGUAUGCAAGGGUCCAAUGUUUGUUUCUUAUGUAAGCAGCGAGGGCACAUCUAG